GCACACACGCAUGUCGCAGCCUCACAGGCAGUAGCGGCGGGGAAAACUGAUGCGUUCACAUCUCACCGUGUCCCUCCCCUGAAGCCCACCUUCUUGAAAGGUUUUUGCGCGUCUGUUUUGUGGGAUAACAUCAGAAGGGUUCGUCCCGUCGAGCCAAUCAGGUCCCUCCCUACCUCAGAUCGCAGCUAUAAUACAUAGGAGUAAAGAGGCUUCUCGCAUAAGUGGCUGUGGCUUGAAGUAACGUUGUGAUUUCGAGGUCAGUCUUACCUUUCACAUCCACGCCGCAAACCUCCGAUGCGUUAUCAGACGCACAUUUCCGCACCUGUCACGGUAGGGCUCGGCGCUGAGGGACACGCGUGAAACUGAGGAGACGGCAAGGACAUCGCCAGCGGAGAUCCGCGCAGCGAGAACGAGAAAUCCUGCUAGACAGACCGCGCAGGGCGCUCUAGAACACCGCAGCGAGAUUCACCGUGCGGCAAAAUGCGGCUUAUGACGAGAGUGCUGCUGGUGUCUCUUCUCAGUCUGUCCUUGGUGGUGUCCGGACUGGCCUGCGGUCCUGGCAGAGGCUACGGCAGAAGAAGACAUCCGAAGAAGCUGACACCUCUCGCCUACAAGCAGUUCAUACCUAAUGUGGCGGAGAAGACCUUAGGGGCCAGCGGCAGAUACGAGGGCAAGAUAACGCGCAAUUCGGAGAGAUUUAAAGAACUUACUCCCAAUUACAAUCCCGACAUUAUCUUUAAGGAUGAGGAGAACACGGGCGCGGACAGACUCAUGACACAGAGAUGCAAAGACAAGCUGAACUCACUGGCCAUCUCUGUAAUGAACCAGUGGCCAGGGGUUAAGCUGCGUGUGACAGAGGGCUGGGAUGAGGACGGUCACCAUUUUGAAGAAUCACUCCACUACGAGGGAAGAGCUGUUGAUAUCACCACCUCUGAUCGAGACAAGAGCAAAUACGGGACACUCUCUAGGUUAGCUGUGGAAGCUGGAUUUGACUGGGUCUAUUACGAAUCCAAAGCCCACAUCCAUUGCUCUGUCAAAGCAGAAAAUUCGGUUGCCGCGAAAUCCGGAGGCUGCUUCCCAGGUUCGGCUCUGGUCACGCUCAAGGACGGGGGACGGAAGGCCGUGAAGGACCUGAACCCGGGUGACAAGGUGCUGGCGGCCGACGGCGAUGGGAACCUCGUGUACAGCGACUUCAUCAUGUUCACAGACCGAGACUCGGCGACGCGACGUGUGUUUUACGUCAUAGAAACGAAAGAACCCGUUGAAAAGAUCACCCUCACCGCUGCUCAUCUCCUUUUUGUCCUCGACAACUCAACGGAUGAUCUCCACAGCAUGACCGCCGCGUUUGCCAGCAGUGUCAGAGCCGGACAAAAGGUGAUGGUUGUUGAUGAUAGCGGUCAGCUUAAAUCUGUCAUCGUGGAGCGGAUAUACACAGAGGUGCACCAGGGCUCGUUCGCACCAGUGACUGCUCAUGGAACCAUUGUGGUCGACAGAAUACUGGCGUCCUGUUACGCCGUAAUAGAGGACCAGAGUCUGGCGCAUUUGGCCUUCGCGCCCGUCAGGCUCUAUUAUGACGUGUCAUCGGCCCUAUUCCCCAAAAACUUUAUCAGUCAGACCAAUGCGACUUUACAACAGGAAGGAGUCCACUGGUACUCCAAGCUCCUGUAUCAAAUGGGAACGUGGCUACUGGACAGCCACCUGCUUCAUCCUUUGGGGAUGUCAGUAAACUCGAGCUGAAACCCCUCGUUUGGAAAUAAAGCGAGAGAAAUCACACUAAUGUAGGAUAUAAGACAAUAUUAGUACAAGCAAGAGAGAAAGAGAGAGCGAGCGAGAGUGAGAGAGAGAGAAAGAGAGAGACAAAGGCCCCGAGCGGAGUUGGGAUAUUUAUUACAAUGACUUUAAAAGGAAAAAAUGUCAUUUUCAAAGAAUAAAUGGAGCCUUAAAAGUUUUCUUUGCAUAAUUUAUUCUCGCGUGAACUCAGGCUGGUGGCACACAAACGGAUUCGAAUGCAGUGUGAUCAUCCAGCGGUGCAGAAUCUAUUUUUGUACUAUAUCUCAUGUAAACAGGAAAAAAAAAAAAAAAAAAAAAAAAAAAAUAUGUAAGAAAAGUAAAGAAAGAAACUUUCAUGACAGGUUGUAACAUUCUGUGCAUAUGUGCAAAUGACUGUUAUAUUUUAGGGGUAAGCAAACGCCGUGGGGCUCCAGAAAUUAUAUUUUUAUACACAGAAUUGUACAUUAGAUUUUGACCGAUCGUUACCUAAUCACUUUUCGUUAUUUGAAAUAGUGUAAGAUACGAGAAUAUAUUUUAAUUUAAAUAGGUGCAGAGUCUUGUGCUGUUUUCUCUUUUAGAACUCUCUAUGAUUUUGUCAUUGUUUUGGUUGUCAGAGUGGGACAGACAUAUACGUCCUUUGUUCACUCUUCUCUGGUUUCAUUGUAUUUCUUUGAGAAAAUACGAAAUGCACAUUCUGACAAUUCAGUAACGAUAACAGUCCCACAGUAAAGAACAAAGGCUUUCGUUAAACAAAUUAAUAAGUAACUACUGUACAUUUACUAAAAUGUAUUUUUCUUUUCAUAUUUUGUAAUAGGUAAAUAGUUUUAUAGAAAUAAAAUGCAGCUGAUGCACAGUUUGGAUAGCAUAUGAUUGAGUGGCCAUACCGGUUAACCUACCUUUCAUCAAGGCGAGGUGUCAGGAAAUGUAUAGAAUUUAUUAUUUAUAUGUUUAUUAUAAAUGAA